GGAAAAAUCCCGCAAAUUUCCGGGCGACUUCUCCAACAAUUGGUGUUAGUUCCAAACUUUCAAACCCAUCGCCGUUAGUAUAUAUAUAUCCAAAACCUCCUUCACCGAUAAGGCCAUUUGAAUCACGAAACACAGAAAAGCAAAAUGAACAUCUUCAGCAAAAAACCUAAUCCCAAAGAGGCUCUUCGUGAGAGUAAGAGAGAAAUGACGCGUGCAACUAGAGGUAUAGAGAAGGAAAUAGGAGCCCUGCAAUCAGAGGAAAAGAAACUUGUUGCUGAAAUUAAAAGAACCGCUAAAACCGGGAAUGAGGCUGCGACCAAAACUUUAGCCCGACAGCUGGUUAGGCUUAGGCAGCAGAUAGCUAAGUUACAAAGUAGUCGAGCUCAAAUGAGAGGCAUUUCAACUCAUACACAGGCAAUGCAUGCUCAAUCUUCAGUUGCCAUUGGCAUGAAAGGUGCCACCAAGGCAAUGUCAGCUAUGAAUAAGCAAAUGGCCCCUGAAAAACAAGCUAAGAUUAUUCGGGAAUUUCAGAGGCAGUCUUCACAGAUGGAUAUGACUACUGAAAUGAUGUCAGAUGCCAUAGAUGAUGCUCUUGACAAUGAUGAGGCAGAAGAUGAGACUGAGGACCUUACCAAUCAGGUUCUAGAUGAAAUUGGUGUUGAUGUUGCCUCACAGUUGUCAUCAGCUCCAAGAGGUAGGAUUGCAGGAAAGAACACUGAAGCCGUCAGCAGCUCGGGUGUUGAUGAGCUCGAGAAGCGGUUGGCAGCUCUUAGAAAUCCAUGAACCAAAAAUAUAAAAGUUAAAACUCCAGGUUUUACUUCAUUAAACCAUUGAAGUUAUUCCCUAGAAUUAUCAUAUCUGCAAGUUGGUAAUUUUGUUUUGUAGAUAUGACAGUGAUGAUUCAUGUUUCCACAAGGUAACAAAUACCUCCAUGUAACUUUGAUAUAAUUGUGUAUGGUAUACAUGUCGAUACCGAAUUUUCGAUA